AUGGGCCCUGGCCCCUCGAACGGUGGUGGCAAGCCUGCCGCCAAACCGUCCCGAGAUAGCGAUGAAAAAAAGAUACAGAAGCUUCAGAAGCUAGGGUUCGAGAUGGAUGUCGCUAUCGAAGCAUUGGCGAACCACAAGGGCAAUGUUCGUGAAGCUGCUGUUUUUCUGGUGAAGCAGGAACAGAAGCUUGCGAAGAAGAAGUUGGCAGCCCGGGACACGGCCAAGAAAAGUGAAUCUCCGGCACCCCCAGCCCCAGCUGCCGAGCCGAAAAGGAGACAUAAGCAGAAGAAGAGUGCAGAGAAUAAUCAGAAGAAGACAGCCGAUCCUUUGCCCGCCGCAGCCCCAGCAGCCGAGCCCAUCACAUCCACGACCGACGAGCCUAAGCCGAAGGAGAAGAAAUGUGGAAAGAAGGACAAGGAGGAGGAGACACCCGAACCUUUGCCAUCCCCAACUGCCGAGCCUGUCGCACCCCCUAAGCCGAAGGAGAAGAAACGUGGAAAGAAGGACAAGGAGGAGGAGACUCCCGAACCUUUGCCAGCCCCAACUGCCGAGCCUGUCGCACCCCCUAAGCCGAAGGAGAAGAAAGGUGGAAAGAAGAACAAGGAGGAGACUCCCGAACCUUUGCCAGCUCCAACUGCCGAGCCUGUCGCACCCCCUAAGCCGAAGGAGAAGAAAGGUGGAAAGAAGGACAAGGAGGAGACACCCGAACCUUUGCCAGCCCCAACUGCCGAGCCCAAGACAUCCCCGACCGACGAGAUUGAGCUAAAUGAGCAGAACUGUGCAACGAAGGACAAGAAGGAGAAGAAGGAGAAAAAGGAUAAAAAGGAUAAAAAGGAGAAGAAAGACAAGGCAUCGACCGCUGAGCCGCACGAGAAGCGCAAAGCCGAAUCCUCUGAGGAGAAUCCCGUACCCAAGAAGCGUGCAACCGUGUCCACCGACACCCCGUCCCCUCGGCCGAAGAAUGACAGCCCCGAAAGCACGGAAAAGCAUCCCCAGGAGAAGCCUGUCAGAGACUUGAACCCUGAGAGCUUAGCUAAGUUCUUCGAUGCCGACACAUACCGGAAGCCUGAUGACAAGCCCAACAAGCUUAGCCAAAUGGAGCGAACCAUGACAGUCGCCAGCAUCCACCUCGAUUCACAGGAAGACUCUCAGGUCGAAAAGCAAGCGGCCCCACCUUCAGACAACGACCCAGCAGCAGCACACGCCGCGAGCCCGAAGGAUCCAUCAGCAGCAGCACCAGCGAAGACUGAAGCACUUCCAGCUGCAAACAAGCAGAGCCCAGAGGAGCACACAGCAUCGAACGACACGAGCCCCCCGAAUGGUCCACGUGGAUCCGCACCCGUGGCACCAGCACCCGUGGCACCAGCACCCGUGGCACCAGCACCCGUGGCACCAACACCGGUAGCACCAACACCGACACCGGUAGCAACUGCAAAGGCUGCACAGGCUAUGCCCCGACCUGAGCGCAAACGACAGUUUGCCGCCCUCGGCCGCCAAUUGAAGAGUCAGGGCUCUAUGCACCCCGCAUUGGUGGCCAAAUGGAACGCAUCUGAUGAUGAUGCAAAGUUCGGUAUGCUCAAGGAAUGGAUGCUGAAUGAUGGCAAGCUUGGGGCCAUCCGUGUGGAGGAGUCGUACAAACGCAUCGUCGAGAAUACCGAGUCGGACCACUACGUCACCAUGACGGUGCUGCAACUAGAGAAGGAAUUUGGAGAUUCCCCUGAUGCACAAGAAUUUAUUGCCGAGCUCAUCUCCGGACAAAAGGGGGUUGCCCACCCUCAGGCUCCCAACGUGAAGAAAGCCCGUAUGUAUCGGGUGCUUCGGUUCUUGGUGGACGAACGCCGCAGAUCCAAUCGAACCGAGACGAGUACCACCGUCGGAGGGCUUGUUACUGAUGAUGCUGCGAAGAAGAGCAUCGCUGAGAAAAUCAAAGCUCCAUUGGCUGCCAUGGAAGGUACGGAGUACUUCGACCGAGAGACGGGAAGGAUCAAGCUAAAAAAACAAAAGAAAGAGCCUAAGGAGACGACUGCAGAAGAGAAGAUGGUUUCGGAUUACCGUGGGCUGAUCAGAAAGUUCAAGAGCUUCGAUGAGAAGAUCACCGUCGAGGGCUGCUUCAAGAAGAAUUUGAGUGCUGAGCAGCUGAAGCCCUGGUAUGACAAGUUCAUGGCACAGGCUGUUUCAAUCGACGACGAUCUUAAGGAAGAUGUCUAUGGGAUGGUGGAGGAGUUCUUGGAGUUGAUUGAUGUGAACCAAGCAUUCAAGCUGCAUUAUGUGCUAUCACGCGGAUCAACCUGGGAUCACAAGCUCUUGCUCAGCUGCUUCGACAACAACAGUGCUGGAGAAUCAACUGCUUCUGAAAUCGAUUGCUGGAUUUGCUGGGGAUUGGUUUGUGCUUUACUAGAACUGACGGCCAAAGCUGCGGAUAGCCCCUGGGCUGGUGGAAACCAAGAAAUUCGAUUGGCAGCUGCCUAUACGGAUUUUGCAGCUGCUUGCAAACGUGAGAAGAUCAGAGUCAAUCGUUAUGGUCAAGUGGCUGAGAUAUGUGACCGUGGAGCUGGCGAGCCGGAGGGCUCCUGA